UUAAGCUCUUGUGUUGUUCGGUCGCAAUAUUUAGUUGUUCAGCGUGCAUGCCAUGCCUGCCUACGGGGAGUGCUUUUGUUUUCAUUGUUAAUCUGUGAUAAUUUUUUUUUCUGAGCCAUAUUGCAGAACAUAUUGCGAUAAAAUAUUAGUUGAAAGUUGAUUUAUGAUUUUUUUUAGCGUUUCAAAUGACAUUGUAGUAAAAUAACCAAUCAACCCCUAUUAUUGAUUGAUUAUUUGCCGGACCAUCGACCUAUACCAAACGCCCCAGCGCAGUUCUGAUUUCUACAAUAAUGAGUGUUUUAUCAAAAUAUGUUGACCGUAUUGCAGAAAAAUGUGAACAAAAUGGGAUCACGAAACACGCUUUUAGCUACGCCCUCGUGACCAGUGCAAUACUAGCACUUACCAUUAAGGUUUCUAUCCCUUAUGUAAAAAGCGCUCACACAUCUACCGGAGGGACUCAAAAAGGAAAAACCAAAGUCAACAAAGGGGAGCUUACUCCAUCAGGAACAGAUAGCUCAGAUGAAGAUUUAAAGCUUGCGGAGGCAGAAAAGUUGUUGGUUGCUCAGCAGCUAAAAAAAAAAAAUAACAAUAAUUUUAUUGAGCCUGGACUAAACCAUAAGUUUUUGAAGCAACUGAAAAUGCUAGCUAAAAUAAUGAUCCCACAAACCUUGUGCUAUGAAACGGGAUUGCUAAGCAUACACACGUUUUGUCUAAUUUCUCGAACAUUUUUAAGUAUUUAUGUCGCUGCAUUGGAGGGGGCCCUUGUUAAAUUUAUAGUACGAAAAGACAUUAAACAGUUUGCUCUUGUGUUGCUUAAAUGGUUCGGAAUCGCCAUCCCUGCUACAUUUGUUAAUUCUAUGAUACGAUUUCUUGAGAGUAAACUUGCUCUAGCUUUUCGAACUCGACUGGUGCGCCACUCAUAUCGGUUGUAUUUUAAGAACCAAAAUUACUAUAGAGUAUCAAAUUUGGACGGAAGAAUUGAAAACGCGGAUCAUAGACUUACCGAAGAUAUUUCCGUGUUCGCUAGUUCGGUAGCUCAUUUGUAUAGUAGCUUGACUAAACCAUGCUUUGAUCUGAUGCUAAUUGGCUUGGCACUGAUGAGAUCCUCUAGAAAAAUGAAAGCUAAUAUUAUAACGGGGCCGGCUUUGUCAGUCGGUGUUAUUGCCCUAACAGCCCACAUAUUAAGAAUUGUAUCCCCGAAGUUUGGACAGUUGGUAUCAGAAGAGGCGAACAGGUACGGUUACCUUAGACACAUUCACUCCCGCAUAAUAACAAAUGCAGAAGAAAUCGCAUUUUACGGUGGCCAUAAGGUUGAGAUGCAGCAGCUACGGCAAGCAUAUAAUCGCCUUGUAAAUCAAAUGACCAGUAUUUUUAACCAAAAACUUUGGUUUAUAAUGCUUGAACAAUUUUUUAUGAAGUAUGUUUGGUCCGGAACCGGAAUGAUCAUGGUAUCCCUUCCGAUUCUGACUGGCAGUGAUGUAGGCUCUGCAACAAUUCGAGACACAAACAUAACAGAGUCGAGAGUUAGCGAGCGAACUCAAUAUUUAACAACAGCUAGAAAUUUACUUAUUUCUGCAGCAGACGCGAUUGAGCGAUUAAUGUCUUCCUAUAAGGAAAUCGUGUCGCUCGCUGGGUAUACUUAUCGCGUGGCUGGCAUGAUGGAUGUUUUUGAGGAAACCGCUCAGGGAGUCUAUUGCAAGACGAGUGUAAUGGAAAGCGAUCAGUCAAAUGGUGUUAUUGAGUUUCGUAAUGGAAAACCAAUAGCAAAAGGCCGCAUAAUUUAUUCAGAUGAGCCGGGAAAUAUGUCAAUAAACCUACGUGCAGUUCCAGUAGUGACACCCAACUGUGAUAUAGUUGUACCGAAACUUACAUUAUGCAUCGAACCUGGUGUACAUUUGUUAAUAACUGGUCCGAAUGGAUGCGGAAAAUCCAGCUUGUUUAGAAUACUAAGUGGACUUUGGCCCAUAUACGCUGGAGAGUUGCAAAUUCCACGGCCUGUAAAAGAUGUUCCAUGUAUGUUUUACAUUCCACAACGUCCAUAUAUGUCAAUCGGAAGCCUUUGCGACCAAAUAAUAUACCCCGAUACGCGUGAAGAUAUGAAACGCAAAGAAAUAACUGAAAACGAGCUAAGAUGCAUUUUAAAACUGGUCAGCCUCGAACACAUCGCUCAACGUGAUAGUUUCGACGUUGUUCGCGAUUGGAAGGAUAUAUUAUCUGGAGGUGAAAAACAACGUAUGGCCAUAGCUCGCUUGUUUUACCAUAAACCACGUUAUGCGCUUCUAGAUGAAUGCACGAGUGCAGUAUCGAUUGAUGUUGAAAGUUCGAUUUAUGAAAUUGCUAAAGGGAUGGGAAUUACCCUGUUGACAAUAACACACAGGCCUACUUUGUGGAAAUAUCACACACAUAUUUUGGAGUUCGACGGCUUGGGAAGUUGGCAGUUUAGAAAAAUGAAUGCAGAUGAACAACAAAAAGAACAAUUUCUAUCUUAAUUUUUUUUUAGCUAUGAAGAUUUAAAAAAAAUUUUAUAUUUUAUAUAUUAAGCAAAAAAAUAAACUAGCUUCGGCAACCGAAGUUUUUAUACCCUUGCAGAUAAAAUGUAUUUAGCAACAUCGUUCAUACGACAGUUAUAAGUUGUAUAUGUCUGAUUCCUCGAAUUUCAUCGAUUUGUAUGGAUCAUGCUUAUUACAAAGCAACUUAAAUAAUGUUAUACACAAAGGUGGUUUGUAUCAAAAGCAAUGGAAAAGAUGUGAGAUACACUGUUCUUUUUUUAAACCCCUUCACUACAUUAAUUUCGAAUGCUAAGAAACGCUUAAAUGUUUACCUAAAUAAUAUAUAAAAUUUAAAGGACACUCGAACUAAACUAAAUGUUGUGAUAUUUCAAACUCGUUUAGAAUAAAAACUGGGUAUGCAAUUAUGCUUUGCAUAGUAUAUAUGUGUUUUCAGUAUUUUGUAUAAAUCUACACUUUUACACAAUUUACCUUGUGUUUCAUUUUUGUAAUUGAAAAAAACAUCGCUCAAAAAUAAUAAAUUUUGUACAAGCAAUAUUAUGAUCAAAAGUAUUGCGAAUUAUAAAAGUGUCUGCAAGGGUAUACACACAACGAAAUUUAACCUUUUUCCAAUUUACAUAUAAAAAAAAUUAUCGUUUAUAAUAAUAUACUUGUAAAAUAAUUGUUGUUUUGUGGUCACACCUUUGAAAUAGGUUUUGUAUAAAUAAAUAAAUAUCUGUAUGUAUUGAUGAUUUUUCCUAUA